AUGUUUUCAGCAAUCAGCAACAUCCCCCUCGCCCUACCACACCUGGGCUUCCCCUUCAAAAAAUCAUCAUCUCCAUCCUCAUCAUCGUCCUCAACAACCCCACAAAAUCAAGCAAUCAAGAUUCCCCGCGUCCAAGUCCACGACGUCGAAAUCACAAGCGACAAACGCGGCCGACGCCUCAAACACCUCCUCAAACUCAACCACGCCACAUUUUCCAUCUUAUACAACCGCCUCCGCUUCCACAACCACACACCCCACAUUUUAGGAUCUGCCUAUCUCCUAGGAGGAACGGCCGACCAUUUAACGGCCAUCUAUGAGGACGCCGCAACCAACGAAGGCCACGAACACUGGACCGAAUCGCCCUCCGAGAUCGCCGAACACGACUACCGCGACUUUCUUGGAAGACGGGAAUUUCAACGCGCAUUCGUGGAUUUCUUCGAAGACGAACUAGUUCAGCAUGGCUACGAUUGGAAAGACGUGGUGGCAAAAUUUCUGUUUGAACGCGGAGACCCGCAAAAGACGAAAAACGUCGAGCCGAUUUUCAAUUGUUUGACGGCGGGUUUGGGGCAUCCGUUGAUUCAUUUGGGGUAUGCUUAUGAAUUGAAUAGUCGCGAAGUCGCGAUGGAGGCUUUGGGGUUGGCGGCGACUUGUUAUGAUGGGAAAUUGGCGGAAAUGUUCGAAAGUAAAUCGCCAAAGACUGACGUCGCCGUUGAUGGUGGAAAGACCACCGAUGAUUUAUUUGAGUUGUUCAGUCGCGUCCACAACGACACCCGUCUCGACUCUGCAUUCGACCAUUUCGGCGGCGACAAUUUAUCUCAUUUACUUGCCGACCCUAAACUCACGUCGAUCCUGCUCGAGCACUGGCACUCGUGGAAGAUUGACAAUGCGACACGGGCAUUCGAACAGUCCCAGGCCCUCGCGACGGCAUUACUAAUUUCUACAAGUUCACACCCUAGUAUCGGUGGGCACGGCUACGAUUUUUUCAUUGUGCAUUUGUUGACGACGUCGCAUGCGGUGAGGAUUUUGAUUUCAUUUCUGGAUGCUAGGUAUCAUGUGCCCUUGGUGAGAGAGUGGUUGUUGAUCACUUUGGCGAUUUAUAUCGCGCAGUUGAGGCCGGAGAUUAACAGGAAAUUUGUGACCGAAUAUGAGUUGCAGGGAAGGGAUUGGGAUAAUUUUGUUGUUCCGGCGGCUGUGCAGGGGAAACAUAAAUUUGAUGCGCAUUUUGUCAAGGCUUGUCGAGCCAUGAAAGAGGCUGAGAAGAUUUGGGGUGCUGGUGGUGAUGAAAAUGAGUAUGGGAAGGACUACUGGCUUAAAGCUGCUGUUCGCUUUGCUACCGAGUUUGAUGGAUGGGGUGGAUUUGGGCCGGCUGAUGAAGUUGAGGUGAGGGAGUUGCGGGAGCAGAAGCAAGAGCAGCAGCAGCAGGAGGACGAGCGAAAGAGGCAGUCCCAGGCUACGGGUUAA